CAGCCAUGGCCGAGAACCCCGGCUUGGAGAACCACCGCAUCAAGAGCUUCAAGAACAAGGGUCCCGAUGUGGAGACAAUGCGAAGACACAGAAAUGAAGUGACAGUUGAACUCCGGAAAAACAAAAGAGAUGAACACUUACUGAAAAAGAGAAAUGUUCCCCAGGAAGAAAGCUUAGAAGAUUCAGAUGUCGAUGCUAAUUUUAAAGCACAAAACGUAACACUAGAAGCUAUAUUGCAGAAUGCUACAACUGAUAACCCUGUAGUCCAGUUGAGCGCUGUCCAGGCAGCAAGGAAACUAUUAUCCAGUGACAGAGAUCCACCAAUUGAUGACCUAAUAAAAUCUGGGAUUUUACCAAUUCUAGUCAAAUGUCUAGAAAGGGAUGAUAAUCCUUCAUUACAGUUUGAAGCUGCUUGGGCACUAACUAAUAUAGCAUCAGGAACCUCUGCACAGACUCAAGCUGUUGUACAGUCUAAUGCAGUGCCCCUUUUUCUGCAACUCCUCCAUUCCCCACAUCAGAAUGUCUGUGAACAAGUGGUGUGGGCUUUGGGAAACAUUAUAGGUGAUGGUCCUCAAUGUAGAGAUUAUGUCAUAUCACUGGGAGUUGUCAAACCUCUUCUGUCCUUCAUCAACCCCUUCAUUCCCAUCACCUUCCUUCAGAACGUCACAUGGGUCAUUGUCAAUCUCUGCAGGAAUAAGGACCCCCCACCGCCUAUGGAGACAGUUCAGGAGAUUUUGCCAGCUUUAUGUGUUCUCAUAUACCACACGGACAUAAAUAUUCUGGUGGACACUGUUUGGGCUUUGUCAUACUUGACAGAUGAAGGAAAUGAGCAGAUACAGAUGGUUAUUGAUUCAGGGGUUGUACCAUUCCUCGUGCCCCAUCUGAGCCACCAGGAAGUGAAAGUUCAAACUGCAGCACUCAGAGCAGUUGGGAACAUAGUGACCAGUACUGACGAGCAGACCCAGGUGGUUCUUAACUGCGAUGUCCUGCCCCACUUCCCAAACCUCUUAUCACACCCGAAAGAGAAAAUAAAUAAGGAAGCAGUUUGGUUCCUUUCCAAUAUAAGAGCAGGCAAUCAGCAGCAAGUUCAAGUAAUAGAUGCUGGAUUAAUCCCCAUGAUCAUUCACCAGCUUGCUAAGGGGGACUUCGGAACACAAAAGGAAGCUGCUUGGGCAAUUAGCAACUUAACGAUAAGUGGCAGAAAAGAUCAAGUGGAGUACCUUGUACAACAGAAUGUAAUACCACCAUUCUGUAACUUACUGUCGGUGAAAGACUCUCAGGUGGUUCAGGUGGUUCUGGAUGGUCUUAAAAACAUCCUGAUAAUGGCUGGUGAUGAAGCGAGCACAAUCGCUGAAAUAAUAGAGGAGUGUGGAGGUUUGGAGAAAAUUGAAGUUUUGCAGAAACAUGAAAAUGAAGACAUAUAUAAAUUAGCAUUUGAAAUCAUAGAUCAAUAUUUCUCUGGUGAUGAUAUUGAUGAAGAUCCCAGCCUCAUUCCUGAAGCAACACAAGGAGGUACUUACAACUUUGAUCCAACAGCCAACCUCCAGACAAAGGAAUUUAAUUUCUAAGGUCCAUUAAGUGCAGCAUUGUUCAUUCAAUACAAACACCACCAGAUGGCCACCAAGCGAUAAGACAGCAAGCAGCAGAAGGCUCCCAGCACUCUUGCCUCUUUGUUUUGAUGCUUCUAAAGCAAGCCAUGUCUCAGUCACUUUGCAGUUGCCAAAAGUCACUCUCACAUGGACUGUAAAUGCAUAUGCAUGAUUUCCUGAACUGUUUUAGAACUCUCCUUAACAAUCUCAACUACCCUAUUUUUCCAUGUUCCCUGGUGCCACAUGCUGACAACUGCAGUCUCCAGUUAGAAUUCUCCAUAGUGGUGACGUAUCAGCUGCCUGCUGGUACUCCUUUGGAAAAAGGCGCACUGUGGAUCAAGACACUUUGGUAUGAUGUACAUUCGUGUUGGAAGACUACAGAGGUGCAGUGUGAUCUGAGCCUCCAUCAUUGUCCUCCACAAACAUAUUUUCAUAUUCUUAUGUGGAAGAAUUAAAGUACAAGCCAAAUGGUUUUCAUUGGUGGAACUGACACACAAAAGUAAUAACUUAAAAACAAGAAACUUGGUUAUUGAUUAAAAAAGAUAAGUUUUUUAAAACUGUACUUCACCUACCAUUAAUUGAUGUGUUUAUUAUCUGCCUCAGAAGCCAGGGUUGGAGCAAGAGCUUUAGAUACCAAUGGUAAUGCUUUCGCCAUUAUACCUAAUUUUUGAGAACAGCAAACCCUAUUUGACCACUCACUCAGCCUGUGUGUUCCUGCUGUUUUGAAUAAUCAAAUGCUGUGCAUGGUCUCUACCUGAGCUGCAACCUGUUACAGACUUGAACUUCUGUUAAGUUGAAAGCAAGAGUCCCUGACUACAAAAAAAAAA